AUGCCAAUCAAGAAGGCCUCUGCUGUCAUUAACUGUUUCAGAGCUAAGAUCAUUUUGUGCAUCUCAACAAAUUACAAAAAGAAGUUUGUCAAAGAGAAAGGCAAGUCCAACUACUCCAUCAUGCAAGAGCCUCCAGAAGUGAAGCAUGCCAUGGAAGUGGCCAAGAAGCAGAGUGAUGUUGCUUAUAAGAAAGAUGCCAAAGAGAAUCUGCAUUAUACCACAGUGGCUGAUCGGCCAGACAUCAAGAAGGCUACCCAGGCAGCCAAGCAGGCCAGUGAGGUGGAGUACAGAGCCAAGCACCGCAAGGAAGGCAGCCAUGGGUUAAGUAUGCUUGGCCGCCCAGACAUUGAGAUGGCCAAGAAGGCAGCCAAGCUGAGCAGCCAGGUUAAAUACCGAGAAAAUUUUGACAAAGAGAAGGGUAAGACACCAAAAUACAACCCAAAAGACAGCCAGCUCUACAAAACUAUGAAAGAUGCUAACAACCUUGCAAGUGAGGUUAAAUAUAAGGCUGACCUGAAGAAGCUGCACAAGCCUGUGACUGACAUGAAGGAAUCUCUGAUUAUGCAUCAUGUCCUGAAUACAAGCCAGCUUGCCAGUUCUUAUCAGUACAAAAAGAACUAUGAGAAGAGCAAAGGCCACUACCACACAAUACCUGACAACCUGGAGCAGCUUCACCUCAAAGAAGCCACGGAGCUGCAGAGUAUAGUGAAAUACAAAGAAAAAUAUGAAAAAGAACGAGGAAAGCCCAUGCUUGACUUUGAGACUCCGACAUAUAUUACUGCCAAAGAAUCUCAGCAGAUGCAGAGUGGGGUAAGUUCUAUAGAAACACCACACAAGGACAGCACCAUCAACCAGUGAACACUGGCUUAUCCUGGGAACGU